GGGACAAAUUAUUAGUCCCCUGACCGUGAAACGUUCUUGAAGGACGGUGCUAGGCAUACAAUGACGGUGAAACAGUGGGUGGGUGACUCGGCUGAGCAACGGGAGGGAUGAGCGGCCUGUUAAGUCUUUGGCUGCUCGAAGACAAAUUCUUCUAGCAUUACAGGAUAUUGAUGGAGGUCCAUCCGUCCCUGAAAAACUCUUUGGUUUCUUGAUAAUCAUGGAGCACCUAAUAUUUGUUGUUCAAAGCAAAGAGGAGAGAAAACACAGAAUUCUGGUAAGAAGCAUCGGAUGACAUUGGUUUGUUCUUGUAACAGUUCUUUUCUUCUAUGAUAGUCUCUUGAUGAUUUGUACCUUGCCAACCACGCUCCGUCUUCUAUUUGGCUGUGUAUGAUCUGUCAAAAGAACGUGGCCUGCUAGUCUUUUGAUAAUUUAUCAAAUACAAGGAGAAGGUUAACUGGUGGAUGAUUAGAGUAGGGACCGAACAGAGAAAAGGCAAGUAAAAAAGAGAACAUAUAUUCUAAUAGCCUCUCAGAGAAAAACCUUUACUACACCCAUAUGCUAAAAAAAAGAAUCACAAAGGAAAAAAACCCCUUGUAGCACAGAAAUUGUUGGGUUCUUUGUUAAGAGAAGUUAUUGCAUUAGAUGGCAGGGGGGAAAAAAAAGAAAGAAGUUAUUGCAGUAAGCUCAAACCAAAUAGACUAUUACUGCGAAGAUGCUUGCCUCGACAAAGUCUUGCUCUUUUUAUUCCUUCUAAAACCUCCGUAUGAAUUGUUCCAAUAGCAGCAUGCCCAAGAUCUUUCAAAAGCCUCUGUCUAUCUAGAUAUACUAGACAGUGUGAUAGUGCAACCACUGAUCACUUGAUGUCUUAGAGCUGUGUUAAGUUGAUAUUAGAAUUUCAUCUAUGGUUGGUUUGGUCAGCUUAUAAUUACCUCAGAUCCAAGCAUCUUGGAUAUUCUAAACAGAACCCCUGUGGUCAAUGUAAGGAUAGUAGCAAAAUAGUUUCACUGAUUUGUCAUUGGAGUCAAGAAUUACAACUGAAGCUAUCAUGGUUUUUUUUUUUGAAAAAAAAAAUGUUGAUCAUAUCAAGCCUGUCCAUUUUAAGUUGGUAACAUUAAGUGAUGACCCACUUAUUAUGAGAGAGAUUAGAUGUAUUCUUGGUUCAUGCUGAUAUAAAUAUAUACAUAUUUUCCUUUUCAUCUUCCAUGUUUCUAUACCUUUUCUGGACGUUUAAAUUCAUCAGGGGAAGCUUUCAGAAAAUGAAUCCAGGCACUACUUUCAACAACUCAUAGAUGAUGUUGCUCAUUGUCACAGUGUGUGUACCGUGGAGACCUAAAAGAGCUGAAUGAAAAGACCAAGACAAUAUUAGAACUGAUAGAGGAAGAUGCAGAUUCUUUUGCGGAACGUGCAGAAAUGUAUUACAAGAAGCGACCCGAACUUAUCCACAUGCUCGAAGAUUUCUAUCGGACACAGCGGUCAUUAGCUGAGCGCUAUGAUCAAGUCAAAUCUGAUACUGGAAUUCGCCUCCUCACGACAGGUGUAUCCCCAUUUCCGCAGACCAAAUACCAACCAGACAACGUAAAGGGUCUUGAGGAUAGAAGUUAUGAUAGCUAUUCCGAGCAUUGUGAUGCUGAGGAAUCUGUGGAGUCUGAAAUUGAUGAUUCUGAGCUGAAAUUAACUACCAAAUUUGCUGACGAUGAUGAACUGAUGAGGUUGAGGGAGGAAAUUGAGAGACUCGAGGAAGAAAACAGGGCUUAUAAAGAUCAACUCAACCAGAAAGAUGCCAUAAAUGAUGAAGUGAUGAUCCUGAAAGAACUAGUGGGAGGACUCAGAGAAGAGAACAUGGCUUACAAGGAUCAAAUGAAGCUGAAAGAUGCCUUGUCUAAUGAAGUAACGAUAUUGAGGGAAGACAUAAAAAGAUUCAGAGAAGAGAAUAGAGGACAGAGGGAUCAACUCAAGGAGAAAGACGAAGAGAAAAUAAAGGUAAUAAGACAUCUGAGCUUAGCAAUAGAUUUGCUGAGGGAGGAGAAUGCGAAGAUGAGAAUCUAUGUUGCUAAGGACUACAACAAGAAGUGGAGUAACCCAUUUGGGUUCAACAAACUCAAGGGAGCCUUGUCAUGGAAGUUGCUCAAUGGUUAACGGAACCCUAGUACUCUAGCUUCCUAGUUGUGGUUGUCAUGACGUGGUCUUGUAAUCCAGUAGUUCAAUAGUUUCGUUCCUGUUCUGAGAAUCCCGAGCUUCUUGUAAUGUAAAUAAACCAUGUUUCUCUUAAUUACAAUAGUUAAAGAGCAGAUCGCACGUAAUGCCUUGUAGUAUAAA